ACAAAUGACAAUAGGUGAAACAAGUUGACAGGACUGCCGUGCCCCGUACACCUAGAUAGCUCAACCUGCUGUGAGGUGUGCAUGUGUCUGGUGAUAAGCUAGGUUCAGGAGAGUUUUCUAACACCCAUUCCACUGCAGACAUGGAUCAUAGAUGUCUGUUCUUCUUCCUCGUGGUUAUCUGCAUCAGUCAUUCCUUUGCAGUCAACCCCUGUACUUCAACGACGUCACUAACUGCAAAUAGUACCAACCAGUAUUUGACGUCAUACGGUUACCCUGCCAACUACCCCGAUGAGGCGGACUGUUCGUGGCUCAUCACAGCUCCACUCUACGAGUUUGUCAACCUGGAAGUGAUGCACAUGGACCUCGUGAACUGGGCCGAUGGAUGUUCCGACAGUCUCACCGUGUAUGACGGUUCGGAUGCUAAUGCGCCUGUGAUUCACAAAUAUUGCGGGAUGGAUCGGAUGAUGUCUCGGAGUAAAGGCCAGGUCAUGUUCGUGGUUUUCCGGACAGACCGAGAGAUGAACAAACGAGGCUUCCAGCUGCGAUACUGGUCACAUCUUACCUUUGCUAGUGGUUGCAUCGCUGGUACUUGGCGGGCAAUAGACGUGCCCAUAGGUCUACCGUUGUACAUGGAAUUUCCUGACUACAUCGGCCACAACAUCAAUAACUCGGAUUGUCGUUACCAGUUUGCGGCUCCCUUCGGAAACUUGGUUGCCGCCGAAAUCGUUCACUGGGAACGCACAGAAGCCUUGGCUUCCGGUUUCAUGGGAAUCUGCAGCGGUUAUAACAACACUAUCGGCACUCUAAUAGAAGGACGCAGCGACACGGCUCCGUUCAGUCAACUCGUCACCGCAGACCGCUACCUGUGGGUGCACCUGCAAACCAGCAAGAAAGACUGGUCCAAUCAAAAAACGAAGUUCAUCUUCAAAAUAUAUACGGUUCCCUCCAGAGUGAGCUCGUGUAGCGGAGCACUGCCUGUAUCUACACGCUCCAGUACCAGUCCGUCGUUUAGGUUCUACCCCUACCAGAUAAACAAUCAAAACAACCAACCGUGUCCUCUCAAGGUGGUCAGCCACUCCGCCUCCGCCAACGUCAGGAUCGACGUCAUCCGUCGUCUCGGCGUCUACGACUUCAGCAUCGUACCCUGCAACGACACAUACGACUACCUCAAAGUGUUUGACGGGUCGACAACUGGUGCUCCUCAGCUUAAGCAGAUGUGUCUUAAGAACAAUCCUACGUACAUCAGCACCAAACCGGAAGUAGUGAUUGACCAAAAAACAACGGACUCUUACUUAAUCAAAGCGGUUUCUAACGAUUAUCCCUGCAAUGGAAAAGCAAAGAAAAUUAUGGUCAAAGAAAAUGAGGAAGGGUUUGAAGAUUUCUUUGGCAAGGACCCAGUUCCUAAUAAUGGUUACUGCGAGUAUCUCCUGGAAGCAUCUAAAUUGACCAACGUCGUCAGUCUGUCUCUGUCUGGUGACCUUGGCUACCUGACCGUGGACAGCACGUGCUCCAAAGAUUACAUCGGCGUGUACGACGGUGACAAGUGGACGUCGAAGGAGCUAGGUCGAUGGUGCGGCGGACCUAUGAAGCCGUUCGCCAGUAGUGGGCGCUACUUGUUGGUUGUCGUCGUCACCGACUCAAACGUCAACACGGGGCUCACAGCCAAGGCCAGCUUCUUUGGAUUUGUUCAAGGUGCUGUUUGUCCCGAUGAGGUAGAUCUCCCAGGUAUCAAGGAAAUGCAAAACAUUACAUCUCCAGGCUUCCCCAGUGACUACCCUCUGAACUCUCACUGCACGUGGCGGAUCAGUACCCGGAUCUAUAACUUCAUCGUGUGGUUCGUGGUACACGAGUCGACGCUCGACGACAACUGCAAAGACAUCGUCUACGUCUACGACGGCCUGACUACAGACCACGAAAACUUGCUGGGUCGGUUCUGCUCGAAGGACACGCCCACGUUCAAGAGCACGAAAUGGGCGAUGACGGUCGUCUUCAAGUCGGACAACACUGACAGCAUGCGCGGGUUCAAGGCUGGUUACUACGUGGAGCACGUGCGAGGCAGAAACGUUAACGAAGGGACGCCGGUGGGCCUGAUCGCCGGCAUCUGUAUCGCCGUGGCCGUCGUCGGGGCGCUCAUCCUCGUCCUCUACAUUGCGUGCUGCAGGAAGAGCAACGACUACGAGGAGGAGAAAGAUGAAGAGGAACUGCUAGACUAACACGGGAACAGUGGGGGCGACGAACAGCGGGACAACACAUAAGGAAUAUCUGAGGAAUCGAUAAGGAAUAUAUGAGGAAUUAAUAAGGAUUAUAUGAGGAAUCGGUAAGGAAUAUCUGAGGAAUUAAUAAGGAUUAUAUGAGGAAUCAAUAAGGAAUAUCUGAGGAAUCAAUAAGGAAUAUAUGAGGAAUCAAUAAAGAUUAAAUUAGGGAUCCAUAAGGAAUAUCUUAGGAAUAUAUGAGGAAUUCAUAAGGAGGAAUACAUAAGGAAUAUCUUAGGAAUAUAUGAGGAAUUAAUAAGGAAUAUCUGAGGAAUGCGUAAGGAAUAUAAUAUGAGCAAUAUAUUAGGAAUACAUAAGGACUAUAUGAGGAAUACAUAAGGAACAUAUUAGGAAUGUCUAUUAAAAAAAUAGUUAUGAAAUAUCAAGACUAACGAAAUUUUUUGAAAUAUCUGUAGAAUAAAUUAAUCAAUCUGUGAGAAAUAACUGAAGAAUAUCUGACGACAUUUCGAGACAUAUCUGAGGAAUACAUAAGGAAUAUCUGAGAAAUACAUAAGGAAUAUCUCAUGAAAACAAAAGGAAUAUUUGAGGAAUCCAUAUGGAAUAUAUUAUGAGGAAUAGAUGAAAAAUAUAUAAGGAAUAGUUUGGGAAUAACUGAAAAAAUAUUUAAGGAAUAUCAAGACUAACGAUUUUUUUUAGAAAUUAUACGUUUAAUGGAUGUAUUGUCAUUUUCAUGAAUUAUUACACUGGCGUAGGAAGCGGGGGGAUAUUUUCAGAUAUUUUGCUUUAUAUUUGCUUUAUAAUAGUGUAAAAAUGUGUAAAUAUAAAAGUGCCCCCACCCACUUUUUGGCACCUUCCUACGCCAAUGUAUUACAUUUCCACAAUCAACAAUGUACCAUUGGAGGCUUUUAUUUCAGUUUAUUUAGAUAAAGUGUUAAGUGAUUUGGAAUUAUUUAUCAUACAUGAAUAUUUAUAUUAGAAAAAAAACGUGUUAUACAGUACCUUAAUAUUUCCUCAUUGUUCACAAAACACUGAUACAAAACGUCCAAGGGAAGCAACUUUCGUAACCACAGUUCAAAAGUAAUGACUUGGGUUUUUGCACAAAUAUUUAGAAAGAUUAAUUAAGUGUAAUAACAUGUACCAAAAUUUGUAUAUUUAUUUGCUUGAAGGUUGAUACGAUUAGCAUUUCAAUUUGGUUUGUGCUGGGUGCGUAAACAUUUCUGAAAACAAUUAAAGGAAAACUUACAUAAAAGAAUUGCCAGUCAUGAAGCCUCAAAUGUGUUCCAGUGGAGUAACUGUGGUAGAAAUGAUUGCAUGCAGUUAGCGAGUUUUGUCUUCCAUUUACAUAAAACUACCGGUUAUACGUUAUAAAAUCGGAACACAAAAUAUGUAUGUUAUUCUAUAUGGUUUGCAUUACGUUAUAUUUUUAUGUUUAAAAAAUUGAAGGCAUCAUUUUUAGAAGAUAUCAUUUAAACGUUAUCAUUUUUUUUUUUAUUGUUUUGUUCAUUAUGUGGUGUAUUCUACCUUUGAAAACAAAUGUAUGUCCAUCCCUCCCUCACCCCACCCACCCACCACACCUUUCCAGGCACAAGAUAGUGGGUGGUGUAAAAUUGCACACGUGACUGUAUUGUAUAAAGACAUUUUUCUUUUUCAUUUUACGAAGAGUUACAAUUUUUAUUCUGUAGAUAGUUGAUGAAUCUAAGUAUUGUGUUUUUAUUAUUAUUAAAUUCGAAAAGUUUUAAUAUUUUAUACAUACUUGUGAACUUUUCAUAUAUUUCUUUAUAUUUCAUUAACAUCAUUUUUUAAUGUUUACACUACUAUCUAUCUAAAUAAAUCAUGUAAAUCCAACAUUAUUAUACUGUCGGGACAGAAAGGGAUUCGUUUUAAAAAGUCGGUUUUCAUUAUCGACAUCACUGGAGCACAUGGAUUAUUUUAAUCGUCAGAUAUUGGAUGUGAAACAAUCGAUAAUUCCGACAUAUAAUUUUUCCAUUAGUAGCAAGUAAAAUGUAUAUGCAUUUUCCACAGACGGGAGAGCACAUACCAUGAUCUUUGAUCUACCUGCCGUUAGUCACUGGUUUGGAUUCGGAAGGCGGGGGGGGGGGGGGG